AUGUGUGCAAUCUUUACAAAAAGAUCUAGAGUAACAAGUGAAGCGUUUUGGAGAGCUGGAGUGAAUCAUUGCCCAGAAGGAGCUGCUUUUGCAGGGGACCAAAGAAACAAAGGAAGCCCUUCUUCAGGAGCUCUGUUCCCGAAAGAGGAGCACAGCUUUAAACUGAGAGAAAUACAGAGCAAGACAGUGCAAGAAAUUGAGCAACUGACGUUACAGUUAACCAAAAGCCACAAAGUGGAGCUUCAAAAGGUGCAUCAGCAGGCGGAUGAGUUGAGAUCAGCUGCUCUCAGUGACCGAGCUCAGACUCACAAACAGAGCCUGGAGUCCUUACACAACUGCAUCCAGAUGAAAGAUGAGGAGAUAAAGAGACUCAAAGAGGCUCUAGAGCAGCAUGAGGAGAAGAUGAGGAGGCAAGCAGAAGAUCUCAAAAGAGAAACUCAGGAAAAGAUUCGAAGGGCUGUGAAACGAGAGGAAAGGAAGUGGGAGGAACAGAGAGAUGAGGCUCUUAAAGAGCAGCGUGGGACUCUGGAGCAGCAAAUAGAGGAGGCAGUGAGGAGAGGGAGAAUAGAAGUGGAGAAGGAGAGAAGGAAUGCACUGGUCUUACAGAGUAAAGUGACUGAGCUUCGGAAACAUUUAAUAUUAGAGUAA